GCCGUCUUGUACGAGUGUCCCGUGCAGAUGGAUGGCACCAACACAAGGACAAAACCAUUUGCUGACCAAACCCUUGGCGGACAUCACCUUUAAGAAACAUGUGAUUAACAAGACGGUGCCCGUUAAGGCUAAGCGACAACUUCCUCCUCAUUUGAGAACAGCUGGGCAGUCUGGGCUGUUGAAGUUCAGGAGUGCGAUUGCAACACAUGCACCUGAGCUGGUGUGGAACCGUUACACAGAGAGGCCAGCACCAGUGAGAAAUGCGAGCCCCAUCAACGACACAGAGGACAUGAAUUCGCAGAAGUGCCUCACAUUGAUCGAUGAAUAUUUCAAGGAGCAGGUGUCGCUCACAGUUACCGAGAGGGCAGAUAUCUGUGCAAAGACCGUAGGCCAGGAUAAGAACCCUCUAUGGUUCACAGAAAGAACCGGGAAGCUAACUGCUUCAAAGUUCCGCAGAAUACUGCACUGCCUGAAGCCAGAAGGGCUUGUUAAAGAAAUACUUUAUCCUCGCAAAGAAAUAAUGAAGAGUGGUGACCCCAGGCUCUACGGAAUACAAAAUGAAGCAAAAGCAGUUCAAAAAUAUCUAGAAUUGAUGCAGCUAUAUGACAAAAAUAUAGAUGUCCUGGAAACAGGAUUACAUAUUCAUGAAUUGCAUUCUUUCAUCGCCGCAUCGCCCGAUCGCCUUGUGAAAGAUGGCAGUGAGGAUGGCCUUCUAGAAGUGAAGUGCCCCGCUUCGAAAGCUGGCCAAAGAGUUGUCGACGCCUGCGCUGACAAAAGUUUUUACUUGGCAGUAACUAAUGGUGAGGUCACCCUGAAGAAAGACCAUUAUUAUUACUACCAAGUACAAGGACAGAUGGGAGUCGCGAACAAGCCAUGGUGCGACUUUGUAGUCUUCACAGACCAUGCUGACCUGCAAGACUGCAUAUCAGUGGAACGUAUAUAUUUUGACGCAGAAAUUUGGAAAGACAUACUUCAGGGCCUGCUGUACUUCUAUAAGGCUGCUAUUAUUCCAGAACUCAUGACCAGACGUAUCCGACGCCUUGGAUUUCUUUACACUACAGGUGCAGGCUACGUGUCCUACAAAAAGUAUGCUGUGGGGUUUUAUCUAGUUGACCAUUGUGAUGAGGACAAUCUGAAGAUGACAAUCAGAAGGCUGACACACACAUAG